AUCGAUCCGGCGUAACCGUAGUGGGUUGAUUGGCAAUCCCCCACCUGGAUAAUCAGGGUUCAGUUCCUGGGGGAGUGACACAGGCUCAAAUGGUAGGCCAGUACUGCUGAGCUGGAGCUGAAGUAGAUUUGCAGUUGGAAGCUUAUGCUGAUUGUGCAAGUGGUUAGCGAUUAGAAUAGCUUGUAGUUAGUUAGAAGCAGGGUUAGAUAGUUGAUUAGUUGGUUAACCCAACUAUCUGUUGUAAUCAACCUCAAAUAUAUAAGGGGACUGCUCUGUAAUUCUUUUGUUGAUCUGAUGAAUCAAAAAAGUAGACCCUUUUCUCUCCUCUCUGGUUCUCCCUCCUUCUCUGGUUCUUCUUCCUCCCUGGCUCUGUUUUCUCCUUCUUGAUUCUCUUGGUUCUGGUGCUAUCACGGAGACUGCAAGAGAGUUUACUCCAGCGAUCAAGAUUCCUUUCCUAGGGGAGUCUUUCAUUCAAUAUCAAAAUCCUGUUCCCAUAAGCAAAUUACUGAUUACAAAUUAAUGAAAUACUAAAAUACAUGGCAGCUUGAUGCUUGGCCUCUCUUUUUUACGGCCGAAGGGGACCUUAAAUGGAUAUUUUUUGGCUUGGACCCAAGAUUUACGCUCAUCAGACAGAAGAAGCAGAAGACCAAAAAAUUAGUGCGCCCACGGUUGAGAUCAAACUAGUUUGUUAAUGCAAAGUCUGAUUUUUUCCCCCAAUUUCUCAUCCAAAAUAUCCCAAAUUUAAGCAGUAGCUGUCAUAUUGUCCAAGCUCCUGUUUCUUCACCAUUAUGGAAUGCUUUCCUCCAGCAAGAUGAUAGUUAAAAACUGUAUCACUGUUGCAUACAACUUUACAAAUUGUGCAUAUUCUAACUGCCUCUGCAGCUGCUCCACUUUCAACUACUUUCCAUUUUUUUGUCUCCAAGUACUCCUCAGGCUGGGCUGCCUUUCUCAGAAGCUGCCCAUGUUUUUUUUGGAUCAGCAUCUGACGCUGCUCAUCAAUGGUUCUGCCCUUACUAGAAUUUUCUUCUGGCCCAAUCACUGGAUUACUUGAUCCUGCUGAAGCACCAGGGGUAAAUAGAGUAGCUUCUUGUAACUUCUCCAAGUUCUUCUUGUGCUUUUUCCCCAACUUAUGCUGAUCAAGAACAUCUUUGCUAGAACAAUCAAUCUGGCAAAUUUCACAAUAUGUAGCUUGGAAAAUCUUAGUUUCCUUUGGACGCUUCUUGCAGUUGUGUUUCACAUGAGGCAGUGCCUUAGGGUUAACCCAUUGAGUAGGGCUCGAAUUUGCAUUGCUCAACUAUGAAAUACCAUUUGAAGCAAUGAAGACACCCCGCAAAUACAUCGGAAACAUUAAUUUCUGAAGUUUGAAUUAAAUGCAUUCAGAGAUGUUAAUAUUCACAAGGAGACUGUAAUCUCUUUUUCUGAUCAACAAGGAGACUGUAAUCUCCAUUCUCCAUUCUUCAUUUCAUGUCUCCUUGGGUUUCAUUUAUUCACUUCCCGACUGGACAAAUGAGCCCAGACAUCUAGAAACGCUCAUAUUGAAAGUACACAGAAACGGGUUUGGUCAGGCACUCAAAAGAUCAGAUCAUGAACAAAAGACCAAUAUUUUUGUUUAAAGAGAAAAGCACUCAUAUGGGAAGCCCAGGCUUCUGCAAAUUUCUCUUCCUAAAUUUAAUUUUGCUUCAACCCAAGCCAUCCCCAUCUUUCUCAAAUAUUAGAUCUGCAUGACGUCCCAAAACAUCUUCCCCCUGCAAUAGAAAAUGGCUCUAAUU